AUGAUUAAAAAUGCUUCUGCUUAUCCUAACGAGCGUUACGGUCCUCUUUAUUGCCAAGACGUAUCGCUGAACUGGCCAUACGAUCCCCAGCAAUGCCUCUUACCGCGCGCAAACAGCGUCCAUGGCGCCGAAGCUACAUCGGCUGCGGUUCUGGACGACGAUGAAGAAUUCAUGAUCAAUCCCGUUUUCGAGUCUCACAUGCGCAAUCUCAGCAAUUGGUCCGUUGGCCCUGCCUUUGCCAAUGCCAUGCCGGAGCUUGUCGAAGGUGUUCGUAUCAAGGAAAGGUAA